CUGACAGGGAAUUCCUAUUGUCAUUAUGACGGAAAUUGUCUUGCAAGCUUCCGGAGGGAUUCUGUCCGGUCCUACGGACUCAAGGAGAAAGGGAAAUAUUGUAUGCGUACCAGUGCUUAUCCUCACUCUAAUCGGACAUCGUAUAAUCUCAUGUUGGAUCUUGAGGAUAAGUGCUCGAAUCUGUAAAACGAAGUUGCACAGAAAGGGCAGCCAUCUCUGGAAAGACCCCCUUGUUCCCGGUGUCACUGAUCCACGACAAAACUUCGCUUCUUUCUUGCUGACCGACUGACAGCCAGCGUAGGAUAACACACAGUCCUUCCACAGUGUCCAACACGUUUAAUAACACUUUCCUCAGUAGAUGGGUGGGGCUCAAUGCAGACCCAGAUGAAAUGAAUAAAGCAACACAGUCUCUGACAGGAGCCCCUUCCACUUCCCCCCACCCCCCUGCGCCCCUCCCGGCACCCUCCCCAGGCCUGUCCCAGCCAAACUUUCCAGCCUCUCAACCAGUGGUUUUUGCCACUCCCCCUCCCCAAAUGAACCCCGCAGCCCAGCCCCGACAGUUUGCACCAGGGCCUAGAGCUUUACACCAACAGGGAGGCUUCAGGUCACUGCAGCCGUACUAUGCUAGUCGGGCCACUUUACCCGCAAACUCUGCUCGUGUUCAGCCUAGCUCCGCGCCCCGGACCAUUCCUCCUCCUCAUGGAACACACCCUCCUCACGUUUUCCAGCCUGGGUCCCAGAUGAUGAUGAUCCCACAGCAGCCAAUCAGCUUUCCAAACUCACAGGCCCCUGCCUACUACAUACAUGGACAGUACCGCCCUUCCUACGUGACACCCCAGCAGUACCAGGUGGCUGGUUCUCCAGGGUUCUACCCUGGAUCCAGCCCAGCUGAGUAUGACUUCAUCACAGAACAGCAUUACAAAAAUCUGGUCCAGACUGAUAAAGAGCAAGCCAAAGCUGGAGCAUACUACUCCACCCAACCCCAGUUCACACCACCUGUACCCACUGCACCUGUCAUCAUGAACCCGGCCCCCCAGCAACAGCAGGCUCCACCUUCACAGCAGCAAGUGGCCCCGACCAAACGGGAACGUAAACAGAUAAGGAUUCGAGACCCUAAUCAGGGCGGGCGAGACAUUACAGAGGAGAUCAUGUCCGGGGGACGCAGUGCCCCUACGCCUCCACAGGUGCCACUGUCUUCAUCAGAGAUCGGAGUCACUGGCCAGUCUAAUGGCGAGAAUGCCACGCCACCUGCCAUAGCAACCAGAAUGGAAGACAGGGUGAAGCCAGUAGUGUCUCUAGAGUUUCCCAUUCCCCCAGGAGAAAGCCCUAUACCAGACACUCCGCCCACACCUCCCCCCACCAGUCCAAUCAGUGACGCAGUUGACAUCCCACCCCCCAUCACUGUGACUGACCACAUGAUCCCUAGCACCAUGGAGAUGGUUGCUCCCCCUGCACAGCCUAAAGACAUGAUAAAACGGGACAUGAAGUUGUUGCCAGUCACAAUCCCCCAAAGCACUAACGGUUCUGUGUCUUCUAAAGAGAUAGGGGAAGGGCCUGUAACAGUGAGCCUCCCAGUCUCCACCCCAAAGGCGGAGGCUGCGACGGAGUCUCCCAUUGCACAGCCAGAGGAGCUGCAGCUGCUGAACGGUGUAACUGCGCCUGAACUGCGAGAGUGUGUGGUCCCUGAGCCCACCACCGACAGGGACAUCAGCCCCAUUGCUGAGCCUGAUGUUACCAAGGAAGCACCCCCUGUUGUUGAGAAAAACUCUGCUAGGACUAUCAAAGCCAUUACACCACUUGGCAAAGAAACUCCUAUUCAAGUUUUCAAGGAGAUUCCGGUACCAGUUGUCAAAGAGUCUUAUGUUCCAGGUGUAAAAGAUAUUCCCACUUUAGUAGUUAAGGAGACAAGUGUUCCACUUGUCAAGGAGAGUCCCAGUGCGUUAGCUAAGGAGAUUGCCAGUCCUUUUCUAAAGGAAACUCCAUCUGUAGUUGCCAAGGAAAUCUCUGCAUCAGUUGUAAAGGAGACCUCUACACCAGUUGCUAAGGAGACCCCAGCACCUGUUGUCAAGGAAACUCCUGAUCUCAAAGAAACUCCUGUUGUAAAGGAGAUGCCUCCUCCGGUUGCUAAGCAAACCAGUGAACCUGUUGUUAAAGCAACUCCUGCCCCUGUUGUCAAGGAGCUUUGUCCUGUUGCUAAGGAGUCCCCAGAACCAGUUGUCAAUGAAAACCCUGCCCCCUCAGAGGCUUUGUCUGAGGCUUCUAAAACCAUGCUUCCUCCCUCAGAAGAACGAGAGGAUACACCACCUCCACAGACAACUGCCCCAGAGAGUACUAUGCAAGCUGUUUCUGUGCCAAAGAAGAAAAGGAAGAUGAAGGAUCUGAACAAGAAGGAGGCUGGCGAUGUCCUCGAUGCCUUUAAAGAGCCAUCGCUCCCACAGACAGAGGCCACACCCUCAGCAAAGGUGGAUCGAGGGGAAAAUGUCCUUGUGGCUCAGACUCCUGUAGAGGAAGUAGAAGAGACAUGGGAGGAGAAAGAAGACAAACUUGAUGCUGAAAACAUCCAACCACAGAGCCCCACCCAAGCCACACCCACAGAGCAGAAAUACCAAUACAAAGAGGACCAAUGGAAGCCUCUGAACCCAGAAGAGAAGAAGAAAUAUGACCGAGAGUUUCUGUUGGGGUUCCAGUUCAUCAGUGCCAGCAUGCACAAACCAGAGGGGCUGCCACAUAUUAGCGAUGUGGUCCUGGAUAAGGCCAAUAAGACCCCACUGCGGCCGCUGGACCCAAGCAGACUGCCAGGGAUGAACUGUGGGCCAGACUUCACACCCUCCUUCGCCAACCUGGGCAGGCAGCCCGUGGGAGGCCGUGGUCCGCCGGCAGGUAUGGGUGGGCCAAGGCGCUCUGGCCAGGGUCCCCGCAAGGAACCUCGUAAGAUCAUUGCCAGCGUGUCCUUGAGUGAUGACGUGCAGCUGAAUCGUGCCGAGAAGGCGUGGCGUCCAUCAGGUAAGCGGGGCUCCCGCUCUGACGAGGAUGACCCCGAGGGGCUGAAGACCCAGGAGCUCCUGCGCAGGGUGCGCAGUGUCCUCAACAAGCUCACGCCGCAGAUGUUCCAGCCGCUCAUGAAGCAGGUGACUGAGCUGACCAUCGACACGGAAGAGCGGCUGAAAGGAGUGAUCGACCUCAUCUUCGAGAAGGCCAUCUCCGAGCCCAACUUCUCCGUUGCCUAUGCCAACAUGUGCCGUUGCCUAAUGGCGCUGAAAGUGCGUACCUGUGAUAAACCAGGAGGGACAGUGAAUUUCAGGAAGUUGCUGUUGAAUCGGUGUCAGAAGGAAUUUGAAAAGGACAAGGAUGAUGAUGAGACUUUUGAGAAGAAGCAAAGAGAGCUGGAUGCUUCCACUGUCGAAGAGGAGAGGCAGAGGCUGAAAGAGGAGCUGGAGGAGGGCAAGGACAAGGCACGUCGCCGUUCCCUCGGCAACAUUAAAUUCAUCGGCGAGCUGUUCAAGCUGAAGAUGUUAACAGAGCCCAUCAUGCAUGACUGCAUCGUGAAGCUGCUGAAGAACCACGAUGAGGAGAGCCUAGAGUGUCUGUGCCGCCUCCUCUCCACCAUCGGCAAGGACCUGGACUUUGAGAAGGCCAAGCCACGAAUGGAUCAGUAUUUUAACCAGAUGGAGAAGAUAAUUAAGGAGAGAAAGACUUCGUCCAGAAUCCGUUUCAUGCUGCAGGAUGUCCUCGACCUGCGACGGAAUAUCUGGGUUCCUAGACGUGGUGAUCAGGGUCCUAAAACAAUUGAUCAGAUCCAUAAGGAUGCUGAGAUGGAAGAACACAGAGAGCAUAUUAAAGUCCAGCAGCAGCUCCUCUCUAAGAAGGAGACACGCGGAGGUGGAGGAGGUGUGGGUUUGGGGCCCCGCACCGGCCCCCACACACCGGGCUCCCGCAGCAACCAGGCCCCUGAUGAGGGUUGGAACACAGUCCCCAUUUCCACCAAGACUCGACCCAUCGACACCACUCGCCUGAGCAAGAUCACCAAGCCAGGAGCAUUAGACUUCAGCAACCAGCUUCUUGCCCCAGGGGGUAAAGGAACAUGGGGCAGCUGGGGUAAAGGAAGCAGUGGUGGUUCUGGAGCCAAGCCCACUGACACUGACUCUGGCCGCACGAGCACCUUGAAUCGUUUCUCUGCCCUUCAGCAGCCAUCAUCGUCCUCAUCCUCCAACGUAGAUGCAGACAGGAGAGUUCCUCAACGGAGCAGCUCUAGCCGAGAGCGUGGUUUUGAGCGUGCGGACCGCGGCGGCAGUGAGCGUUCGGAUCGUCGCGACGAACGCGCAGCUGACCGCAUUCGCGCCACCGUGGGUAAGCGAAGCUUCAGCCGUGAGGCAGAAGAAAGGGGCUCCGCCGAAACAGUGCGCCGUGUGGCUAGCAUGACGGACGAGCGCGAGCGUCCCAUCCGCGACCGAGCGCCCAGCAAGGAGAACGUGAGGAGAGAGUCUGCCACCAUGCCCCCACCAGCCCCAUCAAAACCUGCUUUGACUGCAGAGGAGCUUGAGAAGAAAUCCACUGCCAUUAUUGAGGAGUACCUUCACAUUAAUGACCUGAAGGAGGCACUGCAGUGUGUGAGCGAGCUGAACUGUGCCACCCUGUUGAGCGUACUGGUGCGCACGGGCAUCGAGUCCACGCUGGAGCGCAGCAGCAUCGCCAGGCAGCACAUGGGCCUACUCCUAAGGCAGCUGGUUAAAGUGGGGACGCUGUCCACACCGCAGUUCUACAAAGGGUUGUUGGAGGUUCUGGAGGUGGCUGAGGACAUGGCCAUUGAUAUUCCUCACAUCUGGGUGUACCUGGCCGAGCUCAUCACACCCAUGCUGCAUGAGGGGGGGAUUCCCAUGGGACCACUCUUUAGGGAAAUGUCUAAGCCGCUAGUACCAAUCAGUAAAGCUGGAGAUCUUCUGGCACACAUCCUCAACCUGCUCUCCCAAGAAAUGAGCCAUAAGAAGGUGGGAGUCAUGUGGAGGGAGGCCGGUCUAAGCUGGAAGGACUUCCUAGCAGAGGAUGAAGACCUCAAUAAGUUUGUGACUGAAAAGGAAGUGGAGUAUACUCUGGGUGAGGAGUGUGUGAAGACCAGUAGCAGUAGGAAAGCUGUCAGCCCAAAUGAGCUUUCCAAACAGCUUGAUCAACUGCUGGAAGACAAAGCAGACAACGAGCGUGUAUCUGACUGGGUGGAGGCGAACCUGGACGAAUACCAAGCAGCAUCCGACACCUUCGUAAGAGCACUGAUGACCUCCAUCUGCCAGGCAGCCAUCAUCUGUGAGAAUCCAUAUAAAGUAGAUUCUAAAGAGAUUUCCCAGAGGGCCAAGCUGCUGCAGCGCUAUAUUAAGGACGAACACAAGGAGCUCCAGGCUCUUUAUGCCCUUCAGAGCCUAAUGGUACAAAUGGAGCAGCCACCCAAUUUAUUGCGGAUGUUUUUUGAUGUGCUCUAUGAUGAGGAUGUGAUUAAGGAAGAGGGAUUCUAUAAGUGGGAGUCCAGCAAAGACCCAGCCGAACAACAGGGCAAGGGUGUCGCGCUCAAGUCUGUCACUGCCUUCUUCACCUGGCUACGGGAAGCCGAGGAUGAAUCGGACAACAGCUAGAUUUCUGGCAGUGCUCAGAAAGCAUUUCUGAGUAGGAAAGUGAAUCAUCCUAAGAGGAAUAAAGUAUUUGAAAAGAGGAUGUUAAAGAGCGAUUCUGCUUUGAAUUGCAAUAUCAGCCGUCUUUUUUGUUUGUUUGGGGUUUUUUUUUGGUUGUUUUAUGCUACAGAAUGUUGUUUGAACUGAAACAAUAAUACAAUUUCAAGAGAGAGGAUAAGAAGCCUUAUAUGCUGCAGGAGGCCUUGUUCCGUUUAGCUGUUCUAAUUUCUACAUAAACUUCCUUCUUUUGCCAUGGGGGACACCUUUGACAUCUCCCUGACUUAACUCCACAAAGUCACUAAAUGAUGUCACAACAGCGGUAGAGGACUCUCUCUCCACCCUGAUUAUUGAAAGCUGCUCAGUUUGUUUUUAAAUUAUCCUCACGCAUUGCAUUGGACACUCAUCAUGGCCGAAUGGGUGGUGUGUGGUACACAGAAACACUUGCACAGGGGAGAAGUAGCUGUUGUGGUUUCAGUUUCUUCUCUGCUUUUUCCCCCCGUGUUAAAUGAAGUGUGGUGUGGAAUGUUUUCUCUAAGCACCCCCCCCUCCUAAAUUUUUUUUUUUUUCCCGUUUGACUACAGUAAAAAAAAAAAAAAAAAAAAAAAA